CCUGCCUCCAUCGUCACCAGCGAGCAAGUGGCGUCACUCCUGCCCUGCUUUAUAAAACUGUCAGCGCCUUUCUCUCACCUGGACUGACACACCAACCAGCAAACACCACCAGGGCAGGACGGGGGGCUACUUUUGGCCAAGAAGUGGAUCAGGAGACGCAGCCUCCCUUUUUGCCUCUUUCACUGGGAUUUCUCCCCGGGUGGUUAUUAUUAUUAUUAUUUUUUCCACUAGAAAGAAGACCAUCACUUUGUUUCUUUUAUGAAUCUGGCAAAUUACUCUUACUUCUCUGGCAUGUGCAACAUGACCGCCGAGACGCAGCACUCGCCCUCCGAGGCGAGUCCUGUCGUCAUGUCUCCAAACGUGAGCCUGGACUCGCCGCUGCCGCAGCCGCCGCCGCCCCUCAUGCUGCAGGCCCGGUCCAAGGACAAUGUCCUGAUCAAGUCCGAGCCCCGGGGGAGCAGUCCCGGCACGGAGGACGGGGCCGCCCUGGGCCAGACCGAGGAGCACCUGCCCACCGGGAGCCGCCGCAGGAAGAGGCCCGUCCAGAGGGGGAAGCCUCCCUACAGCUACAUCGCCCUCAUCGCCAUGGCCAUCGCCAACUCUCCCGAGAGGAAGCUCACCCUGGGGGGCAUUUACAAGUUCAUCAUGGAGCGCUUUCCUUUCUACCGGGAGAACUCCAAGAAGUGGCAGAACUCCAUCCGCCACAACCUCACCCUCAACGACUGCUUCGUGAAGAUCCCGCGGGAGCCCGGCAGACCGGGUAAAGGCAACUACUGGACCCUGGACCCGGCCGCCGAGGACAUGUUCGACAACGGGAGCUUCCUGAGGAGGAGGAAGAGGUUCAAGCGCACAGACGUGAGCACCUACCCGGGCUACAUGCAGAGCUCCAGCGCGUUCACCCCGACCCCCAUGGGCAGGCCCUCGUACCCCAACACCCUGUACGCCGGGAUAGGCUCCGGGUACGGCUCCCAGCUGACCGCCACAUCCCCGCAUCCGGCCAUGCUGCAUCACUACCAGACCUCCGCCGGGGUCGGCCAAGGACAGCCGCGCAUGUUCAGCAUCGACAACAUCAUCAGCCAGCAGACGGUGGUGCAGGGAGGCCCGGGGGGAGAGCUCAACUCCCAGGCGCUGGGGCUGGGCGGAGGCGACCUGGGCACCAUGACCUCCAGCUGCUCGGUCACCGGCACCGACCCGUCUGCGUGCUUCCAGAGCCAGACCGUGAACCCCUCGGCGAACAUGCUGAGCAGGAGCAGCGGGAACCUGUCAUCCAACCUGGCCGCCGGGUACCCGUACUCGUCCUCGGCCUCUCCCCCGAGCCUGCCCGCCAUGACCCAGUCCGGGUUCUCUCCGGGGAGCUCGCAGGUGUACUGCAACGGGAACCGGCUGUCCCUGCCGGCGCUGCGCCCGGGCUCCUGCGCCGAGCACACGGAGCAGCUGCUGGGCCUCUCCGGCCCCAUGAACUCCUACAACAACACCUACAUGAGACAGGCCAACUUUGCGUCGGGACUGGAGCGGUAUAUGUGAAACAUGACUCGCCAGAAAGAAACAAAUCCGACUUAUUACAGGCAACUAAACGAGUCCAUAGACACAGAGGUCCCCCAUGAGAGUUUACUGAGAUAUCACGACCUUAGAAAUAUGAGGACUAUAUUCCAGAAUGCCACAUUAAACGAAAGAUUCAUUCCUGUCAGAGAAAUUCGGUGAUUGAUGACACGAGAUGACCGAGCCUCACCACAAAACAUUCCUACUUUUUAAAAGGUGCAAAGCCAUUUCAGAUCCGUUUGACACAUUCCAUGACUGUUUCUCAGAGAGUCUCUUCUUGUGCCACAUUUCUGUGUUUUACACUUUUUAUUUUCAUUUUUAAAGUUUACAUGUGUUUGUUUUUGUUCAUUCAAGUCUGUUGAUUUUCAUGUAAAUAGUUUGUUAAUGUGUAAAAAAAAUAUUAAAGGGUGUUAUCAUUGCU